CAAGAAACGUCAUGGCCUCCCUCGAAGAGGCCACGCACCAGAGAAGGGUGUUCGCGUGGCAGGGCGCGGACACGGAGCCCCUGACCGGCACUGAGGCCGACAGCCCCGGAGCAGGCUGGACGAUUUCGAGGGACGACGUCGUCGUGCUCAUCGAGCAGCUGCGCAACGCCGCCGGCGCGGUCGUGGCCUUCGUCGAGCUGCAGGUCGAUGGGAAACGCACGACGCACCGCGGCUGGGUCGACCCCGCUUCCCUGAAGCGGCGCCCGGGCGACGAGACGGAGGACGAGUUGGCAUUGCGACGCGAGCAGCUGGCGGAUAUUGCGGGAGAGCACCUCGCGGGCCGCGCGUACGCCGAGGCGUACCACGCGUUCGGCGACGCCAUCGCGGCGGACCCGGCGAACCAUCGGUUGUACGGCGACCGCGCCCUCUGCUGCGCGCGGCUUCACAAGGAGACACCAUCACCGGAACUCCGGGCCGCGGGCCUGAAGGACGCGGAGACGUGCGUGGAAUUGAAGCCGACGUUUGUGAGAGGCCACGAGCGGCUCGUGACGAUGCUCGCGCUCUGCACAGAAGCGGGCGAGACCGAUCACAAGACCCUCGAGGCCGCCGUCCGGCGGGGUCUGAGCGUCGACGCGGCGAGCGUAUCCUUGCGACGCGCGUUACAAGAGCUCCGCGACGCCGGCGUCUCCCUAGAUACGACGCUGGCGCCGACGGACAGCGAGCUCGCUGACGCAGCAAAGGCGGCCGCGCCGAAGACGCGGGGCGCGGAGCUCUUCGCCCGGGGUGAUAUGGAGAACGCCGCGGUUAAGUACAGGGCCGCCCUGGCGUGGGACGCGACCGACCCUCGCAUCUGGGCGAACCGGGCCGCGUGCUUCUCGCGGCGGGGGCGGUUUGACGACGCGCUGCGCGACGCGGAGUACGCCAUUCGCUUGAAGCCGCGGUGGGCCCGGGCCCGCUAUCGGCUCGCGGAGGCGCGGCUCGGGCAGGGGCGCGUCGGCGACGCGCUCGAAGCGUGCGACGCGGGGCUGCGCCUGGACGGCGACGAAAAGACGCGAGGGGACCUGUUGGCGCUGAUGGAGCGGUGUGCUGUUGUUGAGUAA